AUGCCUGAAGCAAAUCUGCCUGCAGAGCCUAAUCUGCGAGUCACAAUCAUCGCGGCUGAUGGCCUGUAUAAAAGAGAUGUGUUCAGAUUCCCCGACCCCUUUGCCGUCGCAACCAUUUCGGGAGAACAAACAAAGACAACUUCGGUCAUCAGGAAAACAUUGAAUCCCUACUGGAACGAAGUCUUUGAUAUGAGAGUCACAGAGGAUAGCAUAUUGGCGAUUCAAAUCUUCGACCAAAAGAAGUUCAAGAAGAAGGACCAAGGCUUCCUUGGUGUCAUCAAUAUCCGGAUUGGCGAUGUCAUCGACCUGGAGAUGGGGGGCGACGAGAUGCUUACGAGGGAUCUUAAGAAGUCCACUGACAACCUCGUCGUCCAUGGCAAGUUGAUCGUGAAUUUAUCCACCAAUCUGUCCAGCCCUCCUCCUCAGCAAAAUCGACCACCCCCAAGCACCGCUUCUAGCGUAAAUGGCUCCAACCCAUAUGCCGGAAGCAGCACCAACGUCAACCAGCCAUUGCCCAUUCGGUCCAGAAGCCCGGCGACGCGAACUGCUACUUCUGGCUCCGGAGACGCGAGAUCAUCCAACACUGCAGUCAAUGGAAGUAGUACUCCCCAACCAAACGGUGCCGGUGCCGGGAGAUCUGGAGGCUUCAGCUCUUUUGAAGACAGUCAAGGCCGUUUGCCAGCUGGAUGGGAGCGGAGAGAAGACAACCUGGGCCGCACUUAUUAUGUUGAUCAUAACACUAGAACCACGACCUGGACUAGGCCUUCCAACCACAUGAGCGAGACCGAAGCACGUAACCGCGUGGAGGCCAACAUGCAGAUGGAACGUACACGACACCAAAACCGUAUGCUCCCAGAGGAUCGUACGGGAGCCAACUCCCCGAACUUGCAGGAAUCCCGUGGCUCACCUCAGCAACCGAAUGCGGUGUCCAUGAUGGCUACAGGGGCAACGACCGCCGGGACUGGCGAACUUCCUGCUGGUUGGGAACAAAGGCAUACUCCCGAAGGGCGAGCUUAUUUUGUUGACCACAAUACUCGAACCACAACCUGGGUGGAUCCUAGAAGACAGCAGUAUAUUAGGAUGUACGGCAAUAACCCGUCUGGGAACAACACCACCAUCCAACAGCAGCCGGUCUCGCAAUUGGGACCAUUGCCUAGUGGAUGGGAAAUGCGUUUGACCAACACCGCGCGGGUAUAUUUCGUGGACCACAACACCAAGACCACGACCUGGGAUGACCCAAGACUGCCCUCUUCCUUGGAUCAGGGCGUGCCGCAAUACAAGCGUGACUUCAGGCGGAAGCUGAUCUACUUCCGUUCGCAGCCUGCAUUGAGGAUCCUUUCCGGCCAAUGCCACAUCAAAGUCCGCCGUGGCGCCAUUUUUGAGGACUCGUAUGCUGAAAUCAUGCGCCAAAGCGCAACCGACCUCAAAAAACGACUAAUGAUCAAGUUUGACGGGGAAGACGGUCUGGAUUAUGGUGGUCUUUCUCGCGAGUUCUUCUUCCUCCUUUCACAUGAAAUGUUCAACCCAUUCUACUGUCUAUUCGAAUAUUCAGCACACGACAAUUAUACACUUCAAAUCAAUCCUCACUCCGGUAUCAACCCAGAGCACCUGAACUACUUCAAAUUCAUUGGACGAGUGGUUGGUCUUGCGAUCUUCCAUCGUCGAUUCCUAGAUUCCUUCUUCAUUGGAGCAUUCUACAAGAUGAUGCUCAGAAAGAAAGUCACCAUCAACGACAUGGAGGGUGUUGACGAAGAAUAUCACAAGAACUUGACAUGGAUGCUUGAAAAUGACAUCACCGACGUUCUCGAUCAGACCUUUUCAAUUGAGGACGAACAGUUUGGCGAAACAAAGACAAUCGACCUGAAACCCGGUGGUCGAGACAUUGCGGUCACUAACGAAAACAAGAGAGAAUAUGUCGAGCUUCUCACCGAGUGGAAAAUCCAGAAGCGGGUUGAAGAACAAUUCAAUGCCUUCAUCACUGGUUUCAAUGAACUCAUCCCCGCUGACCUUGUGAAUGUCUUCGACGAGCGCGAACUCGAGCUUUUGAUUGGCGGUAUCGCCGACAUUGACGUGGAUGAUUGGAAGAAACACACCGACUAUCGCGGAUACCAAGAGCAAGAUGAGGUGAUCCAGAACUUCUGGAAGGUAAUCAGGUCAUGGGACGCUGAGCAGAAAUCUCGCCUGCUCCAAUUUGCUACAGGCACAAGUCGAAUUCCUGUCAAUGGAUUCAAGGAUUUACAGGGCAGCGAUGGCCCUAGAAGAUUUACGAUCGAGAAGGCGGGUGAGAUCAACGCGUUGCCGAAGAGUCACACUUGCUUCAACCGCCUCGAUCUCCCACCAUACAAGACAUAUGAUGCCCUCCAAAGCAAACUAUCCACCGCUGUGGAGGAAACGUUGGGCUUUGGCCAAGAGUAA